GACUGAUAAAAAUUAAAGAGGUAGUGAGGUUAGAUAAAAAGACGUCACAGAUAAUUAUUUAAAUACGUCUGUUGUUGUUUACUUUUAAAAUAUUGUAGAUAAUUUAUUUGUGUAGAGUGAUCCAUAAAUAUUAUGAGAGUAUUGGUUGAAAAAUAUAGGUCUAGUAGGCUAGCUUUGUGAAUUAAGGUGUUUCAGAUAUCUCCAGUCAAAAUGAGUAUGUCAAAGCCAGCUAAUAUUUUGUUCGACUUGGUCGGGUCUUACUUUGCUGCAUUAUACACGAACCCAAUUCGUACAAAAGCGUUUACUAGUUGCACGAUAACACUUCUAGGUAACUAUGUGUCGCAGAAGAUUCUAAAAAGCAAAUCUUUCGACCAGGAUGUAUUCAUAGCUUUUGGAUUGUACGGGCUUAUAUUCGGUGGUACAAUUCCACACUUUUUCUUCAACUUUCUAGAGAAGAAUGUACCUGGAGACAGCAAGAUUGGUGCUCUAAAACAGUUCCUGAUAGAAAGGUUGAUCUAUGCACCGCUCUACCAAGCAUUCAGCCUUUACGCUUUGGCCAGAUUUGAGGGAAAACCUCAUGAUGAUGCAGUGAACAACAUGUCUAAGUUAUAUUUUCCAGUCUUGAAAGCGAACUGGUACUACCUAUCACUAUUCCAAUACAUCAAUUUCCGCAUGGUACCACCAAUGUUGAAGGUGCUCUACGUCAAUCUUAUCGGAUUUUUCUGGUCGAUAUUUCUGAGCUACAAGAAAUCAAAAGCGAUAGAUAAACGAAAAGAAGCAAAGAAGUCUGCCGGAAAACGACCUUGAAUAUUUAUAAACUCGAAAUACAUUGGCUAAGUACAACAUUCCUAUAAUAAUAUUGGUGUUAUCAAAUCCUUUGGAAAAUUACAAGUUAUUCAAAACCUACCAUCCAAGGAGAAUCGAAUGUUUAAUAGGUGUUAUAAAUGUGGUAUUUAAUAGGUGUUAGGCUAUAAAUAUUGUGGUAAAUCAUCUUUUAAUAAAUAUUGUAUUUUAUAUGUAUGAAGAUAUAAAUGUGGUAUUUAAUAGGUGUUAUAAAUAUUGUGGUGAAUCAUCUUUUAAUAAAUAUUGUAUUUUAUAUGUAUGAAG